CUUCGAUUCGGUUCCAGCAACAUGGCAUUCGAGUAUAUCGACAUCGAAGAUUCCGUUUACAAGGCCACAUUCGUGGAACGGGCAGAGCAGGGCUAUAUUUUGGUUCGACCGAAAGAUUACUCCCAUGUGCCGGUAUCGCUUCCAGGCUGGGAACCGGAACCUACCCUGCUCAAUGAGAAAUACAAAGCCCUUGAUGAGCCAAUCAAGAAUAUGACAAUAUACCCGGAUGAUGUUUGGCUGGCGACUUACCCGAAAAGUGGCACCACCUGGUGUCAGGAAAUGAUAUGGUUGAUUUGUAAUGACCUCAACUAUACGGAGGCGGCGAACGUGAAGUUAGUCAAGCGGUUUCCUUUCUUGGAGCUUUCGGGUAUAAGACCAUUGCCACAGGAUUUCAAUCCUUUCGAAGAUGCGCAAAAUCUAGCCCGCCCGAGAUUUAUCAAAACCCACCUUCCGGUUUCGAUGCUGCCGGAUCAAAUUUGGACCAUCAAACCAAAGCUGGUCUAUGUUCGCAGGAAUCCUAAAGCUGUGGCACCUUCCUACUAUCAUCAUUCGGUUUCUUUGCACGGCUACCGCGGAAAUCUGGAACAGUUUGUGCGAUCUUUCAUCAACGACCUGCAGUACUAUUCCCCCUACCAUCGGCAUGUCAUUGAAUACAAUAACCUGAACUACGAUAACAUUCUGCAGCUGUGCUAUGAGGACAUGAAAAAAGAUCUGGCCCAAACGCUGCGUCGAGUUUGUCAAUUUUUCGGAAAAUCCUACACUGAUCAACAACUGCAAACCUUAGAGCAGCACCUAUCUUUCGAUUCGAUGAAAAAUAAUGAAGCGGUCAAUUCUCGCUAUUGGGUAGAGUUCAACUUAAAGCAGACCAACCGCAUCGAUAAGGUGGCUGACCAAGACUAUCAGUUUAUUCGACGAGGAGAAGCGGCCGGUUGGAAAAGGGAACUCAGUGACGAGUUGAUCGAGGGUAUCGACGAGUGGACACGAACUAAAGUAACUGAUCCCAAUCAAGCCAAACUGUUUCGGUACGAUUGAGCUGGUUGAGUUUGUAAAUUACUGGUUGAAAAGGUAACAUAGUAAUAUUAUUUUAUUUUAAGAGAUUUUAAAUGAAAAAUAAAUU